GUGUCAGUUGGCACAGAAGAGAAACGACUGGCGAAUCGUUUAGGCGGUUACGGCGCCAAGUAAGAAGAAUAAGAAGCCGUUCAUUCCAAACGCAAUCGCCCUUUCAAUUCUACAUACAUAUGUAUCGAUUAACAAGACGGUUGAGUUUAAUGACGUCUUCUAGUUCCUUUCUCCUGGUGUGAUGUUAAUAUUCUUCAGCAUCAUUGCGGAUGUCGUGUACAGUAGCAGUUUUUCGAGAGUCGAGUAGUAUCGAAAAUUUCAUGAAAUCGCCUAAUAUUUCGACUAGUCUAGGUAAUAAAACGGGAAAGUUAGCAGCACCGUAUAGUUUUGAACGAAUUUCGUCGUCUACUUAUUUUAGCAUGACAAUAGACACUGCCAAUGUGUUGAGCCAUGGCAUUUAAUCUGAUUUACGACUUAUACAAUGACGCUCUCUGAUAAGCCUAAUCAGUUGGUAGGCCUGGAAACUUGUUUUUUUUCCUGCGAGAUCGGACCAAAAAGCGACAAAUUUAAGCAAGCGUAUUGUGUUUAAGAGGGCAUCUGAAGAUUUGAUUGUAACCUGCCCAACACAGUCGCUGCUUCGCUUCUAUGUAUCAAUUAACACGUCCCUGGAGUAUACCUUCUGCGAUUUGGAUCGAUAAACCUCGUUUAAACUUCCAUAAUAGUUUUCUAGCUCCAUUCUACUGACGUGUUAAUUAGAAUUUUAUUAGCCUAAUUGGCGUGGUGGCGUAGUCGGACCUAAAAGAGAUGAAUGUAGGCAAGCCUAGUGUGUUGAAAAGCGUAGCUGAAGAGAUAGUUUAUAUCGUGCGGGAUACCCUCACAGGCUGGAUGCGUGUUUAUCGGAUAAGUCGGCGCCGAGUCUGGACAAUUACACACAUAGGUGCUUAAUCUACUACAGUCGGUCCUAGGUUCUAAAAUAACUAGGCUUUCACUCGACCAAAGGCUUUUGUUUUAUCCUUCAAAUAGCAACUAAUCAUAUCCUGCGUGCUAGUUGCCAACACUGUUACCAACACUACGCCACUUGCGCGCUCUCCCACACUUACACGGCCCGCUCGUUUGCUCUCACUCAAGCGCUCUUUGGACUUUUUCUCUCGACGUUCCUUUUGCUGCAUUUGUGUGCGUUUUCGAUUUCGUUUCGCUGCAUUUCAUUUCCACAAAAUUUCGCCCGCAGAAUAGCAAAUCAAAUGAACCAGUCGAGUGUCGUACUUCCAGUCAAACCGAACGAUAAACAGCUAUGCAGCCAGACUGUGCGUGUUAGAUAUCCUUUUGCGCCUGAAUAUAUACAUACACACCCACAAACGUACUGCAUACAUCUGUGUGCAGGCAAUGUGAAAUGUACUUGUAAAAAUUCAAGUUUUUCUUAAGACUAUUGUAUUUUGUGGUGUGCUAAAUGUUACAAGAAAAGUAAAAAAGGAUGUGAAAAUAAUUCGAAACAAAUGAACCUACUCCGCUGCGCUCGCAUUUCCUUGUGAUAAUAGAAAAAAUGACUGUGGAAAAGCAAAGCAAAGGCGAAUUGUAAUAACAAUAAGUCGAGCAAGUUAGGGAUAAACAAUUUUUUCUUACUAUUUACUUACGUCUAACGUCGCUGCUGGAUACACUUGUCCUUCCUUAGUGUUUUCUUUAGAUUUGCUUUGUCAAGUGUUUGCUUUUAUUGUGUGGCGUUGUCUGUCUGCGCGCCUAUCAGUCAGCAUGUUUACUAUGUGUACAAAGUGAACGAAGCAUAGGCAUAAGAAAAAAAUCGAUAAAAUCAGUAGAUAAAUCCAAUUUGAAAAAAGUGUGUAGUAAAACAAAAUCCAAAAAAAAAAAGAAGUGUGCAUAGUGCAUGAUAAAUGGAGCUAGAAGAAAAGUAGAUUGAAGCACAUAGCAAGUGAAAAAUGCAAAGCUGGCGAAAAAUCUCGCUUGUCACAGCCGCAAUAAAUGUGAAAUAUGCGUGAACAAACGCAGUGGCAGAGUGUUAACAGUGCGCGGUCUGAAACUGCGUGGAAAAACAAAUUUUGAAAAAGAAAAAUUUUCUAAAAGUAGUGAAAACGUGCAACAUUGAAGAAAGUGUAAACAUUGGUGUUCAAAAAAAAAAAAAAAACCGGAAACCCACAACAAAGAAUUACUGCUGAUAAGCAAAAUAGUAACGAAUUUCUCCUGCGAGGAGGAAUAGAAAAAAAAUAAAAUUUUUCACACACUCGUCGUUCUUUUUGACUGCAACCGACAAUGUGGUAGCGAUAGUGGUUUAGUGCUAAAGUGUCGUCGUCCUUCCGGCUUCAACUACCACUUAUACAACCGCUAAACUCCUCCAUACACACACAUUGUGCUGUUGUGUGUUGUUGGUCUUAACAAAAAACAUAAAAUAUAAAGUUGAAAGUCUAAUAAAGGAUAACUACUGUAUUCCGCUCAUAAGCGGCGCAGUUAGUUUACAUUCAGUUUGUCGUCGUUUCUGUUACUUCCCUCCACGAAUCGUCGUCAUUGUGCUGUGUUGUUGUUGUUGUUAUUAUCAUUGUUUCGGUUCGUGGUAUAAAGCGCGCUACAUACGUUCGUUCGUUCGUUUGUUUGUUCACCAUUUGUACAUCAUUUUUCGUCGUAAGCACAACGUUCGGCCCUGAACCAAGCCAGCCUAACGUUUCUCGUCGUACGUACAUACCUACAUACGUUUUUGCCGGUACUCAACUGUUUUGCAAUCUAACGUUUUGUCUACAUAGAACUUUUUGUCGGUUAACGCGCCUCCUGCUGCUUGCUUCCAAAAGCAUUGGUGCUGUGCGCUCUACAACACUACACAAAUAUACUGUAGCAAAAACAAAAAGCACUUUUAUUCAGUAGUUGCUGCUGCUGUUGUUGUGGAGAAUUUGUCGUGUUAUUCCUGUCGUUCGCUCUCGUACUCCCCAAACGGCAGGUGCUGUAUUUAUCCACUUCCUCAGUUCCCUACAUGCGAGUAGUACUAAGCUAAAGGGCAACGCUAGACAGACAAUCAGCCAGUCAGCCAGUCCAAUGCAUACACCCAUUUACAUACUCCACGCCAUUUUGUCUGUCGCCGGAAAAACGGGGGAAAAAAGCUGCGCAUGAAGCACGAAGCGCUACCGUUACUCGUACUACAACGGAAAAAGGAUAUAAAUUUUGGUUAUAUUCCAAAAUACGUUUUUAAGUACUUUCAACAACUCACACAUAGCAUUGCCAGUGUUACGUUUGCGACAGCAGCUGCUGGUGUGUGGAGUAGCGCUUGGUUGCUAGCCAGCUACCAAUCGUUGGCGCACGAGCAGCCAGAAGAGGAGGUGGAGCAGCAGUUAGAGGACACGCCGUCGUUUUACGUGUUGGGUACAACUGGAGGCGACUACUUGAGCCACUACAGCUGCGACGCCAACGCUGCCGCUUGGCAAUGGCCACAACGUAGUCAAAGUAUAGGUGGUAGUCGUCGUCGUCGUCGUCGUUGUUGUUGUUGUCAUCGUCGUCAGCAACAUCUUCACCAACAUUGUCGCAGCGCAACAGCAAUUGAUAUUCCGCUCAGCGCUCAAUACUGGCAACUUUUAUUUUCUUUUUCGGUUUUACGAAAUACAACAUUUGCGUCUUUCUGAACAUAGGAAAUAAAAAAGAACCCUCCCAGUCUGAAGCAACUUCGAGCCUGCGUGAAAAGUUAAAGAUUUCACCCCACUAAGUUUUCCCAACUACUCAAGUCAACUAAAUUUUGUUUUAUACAAAUAACCAUAAUUUUCCAUAAAUAAAUAUGCGCUAAGUGUUUCAAACCAAAUUUGUAUGCGUCGUCGUAAGUGAAGUCAUAAAACGGAAUCAAAGUUUCAGCAUGUAAAAAUAAGUGAAACAAAGUAAGGGAAGAAACGAAACGAGUUGAAUAAGUAAGAAACUUUAUUGUGAUUUCAUAAAUAAUAACUUAGCGCGCGCGAAGAACAAAAAUAAAUAAAAGCCAAAAAGGGGGAGGAAAUCGUAAAAAAACGAAGAAGAAGAAGAAGAAACGAAAAGUAAACAAAUUGUUAUAUAAGAAACGAAAAAUAAAACAACAACUACAACUAAUAAAUAAAAUGUUACACGAACCACAAGUCAAACGAAAAAUGUCGAAAGGGAGCUGCCACAAUGCCAACAGCGGCUUCACAGCCGUCGCAGCGACGCAAGUCUUCCUCGUACUGUCGCUGUUCGUGAUUGGGAAUCUAAGUGCCUGGCAGGAGAAUGUGCGGCCGAAACUUUAUGUGGAAUUAGGUCCUGAAGAUGUGCUGAAAUUUCUCGGAAACGAAAGUGUCGUGGAUCAUUUUAAGCUUGUCACAAAGGAUGGCAACAGUCUGCUGGUCGGUGCCAGAAAUAUCGUGUUCAAUCUGAGCAUACACGAUCUAACGGAACAGCAGCGCUUGGUGUGGCAAUCCACCGAGGAUGACGUCAAGAUGUGUAUUAUUAAAGGCAAGGCCGAGGAGGCAUGUCAAAAUUACAUUCGCAUCAUGGUGGUGACGUCGCCGGGUCGUUUAUUUAUAUGUGGCACCAAUUCAUUUCGGCCCAUGUGCAAUACAUACAUAAUCAACGACAAUAACUAUACCCAAGAGGCGAGCAAAAGCGGCCAAGCGGUAUGUCCCUACGAUCCGCAUCACAAUUCAACGUCAGUAUUUGCUGAUAACGAGCUAUACUCUGGCACUGUGGCCGAUUUCAGCGGCAGUGAUCCGAUUAUCUAUCGUGAGCCUCUACAGACGGAGCAAUACGACAGCCUAAGCCUCAAUGCGCCAAAUUUUGUUAGCUCUUUUACACAAGGCGACUUCGUGUAUUUUUUCUUUAGAGAAACGGCUGUGGAGUAUAUAAAUUGCGGAAAAGCAAUUUACUCACGCGUGGCGCGUGUCUGCAAAUGGGACAAGGGUGGGCCGCAUCGUUUUCGCAAUCGCUGGACAUCAUUCCUGAAAUCGCGCCUCAACUGCUCAAUACCAGGCGAAUAUCCAUUCUAUUUCAAUGAGAUACAAUCGGCCAGCAAUCUCGUCGAAGGACACUAUGGCCACACAAGCGCCAAAUUGAUUUAUGGCGUUUUUAAUACGCCAACAAAUUCAAUUCCCGGCUCAGCAGUUUGUGCAUUUUCAUUGCAGAAAAUUGCCGACACAUUCGAGGGCAACUUUAAGGAGCAGAGCAGCAUUAACUCAAAUUGGUUGCCUGUCAAUAAUGCCAAGGUACCCGAACCGCGUCCUGGUUCCUGCCACAAUGAUUCACGUACACUGCCGGAACCAACGCUGAAUUUCAUCAAAACACAUUCGCUAAUGGAUGAGAACGUGCCGGCGUUUUUCGGUCAGCCAAUUUUGGUCAGAACGAGCACAAUUUAUCGUUUCACACAAAUCGCUGUGGAUGCACAGAUAAAGACGCCUGGCGGGAAGACCUAUGAUGUGAUAUUCAUUGGCACAGAUCAUGGCAAAAUUAUAAAAUCCGUCAAUGCCGAGUCUGCUGACUCCGAUGCGAAGGUAUCUUCGGUGGUGAUUGAGGAAAUCGAUGUGCUGCCAAAGAGUGAACCCAUCAGAAAUCUGGAAAUUGUGCGCACAAUGCAAUAUGAUCAACCAAAGGAUGGCAGUUACGACGACGGAAAAUUAAUCAUUGUCACCGAUAGCCAAGUGAUUGCAAUACAAUUGCAUCGCUGUCAUGAUGACAAAAUCACCAGCUGUAGUGAAUGUGUGGCGCUGCAGGAUCCAUACUGUGCUUGGGAUAAAAUUGCUGGCAAAUGUCGUUCGCAUGGUGCGCCACGUUGGCUGGAAGAGAAUUAUUUCUAUCAGAAUGUUGCAACUGGGCAACAUGCGGCAUGCCCAUCAGGUAAAAUCAAUUCCAAAGAUGCGAAUGUGGGCGAACAAAAAGGCUAUCGUGACGAUAUGGACUUAUUGGAUUCGCGACGCCAAGGCAAGGAUCAAGAAAUCAUCAAUAUUAUGGGUGAUAAGAAUUUCGAAGGUCCACAAAUUUCAGCAGAUAUUAUCAAUGCGCAGUAUACCGUCGAAACGCUGGUUAUGGCCGUCUUAGCUGGCUCAAUUUUCUCCCUUCUAGUGGGCUUCUUUACAGGCUACUUCUGUGGCCGUCGCUGUCAUAAAGAUGAGGAUGACAAUCUGCCAUAUCCCGAUACGGAGUAUGAGUACUUUGAACAGCGUCAAAAUAUUAAUCGCAUUCAAGCCGAGCCCAAGCUGCUACCUCAAGUGGAGGAGGUGACGUACGCCGAACCGGUGCUGUUGCCACAGCCGCCACCACAAAAUAAAAUCCAACACUCGCCGAAAAAUACGCUACGUAAGCCCAUGCAUCAUCAUGGACCCAACUCAGAAACGCUCUUCCAGUUCCAGCCUGAUGGCUAUAAUACUCAACAGACAUAUCGCGGUCGCGACAAUUUUGGCACGCUGCGAUCGCAUCAGGUGAUGGGUGAUAAUUAUCGUCGGGGCGAUGGCUUUUCGACAACUCGCAGCGUCAAGAAGGCUGUAAACACAAAUACACGUAACAGAAGUCUUGGUCGUUUAAGAAGGCAGCCGCCCCGUCAUGGUAUUGUAACUCAGCACCGUUCGAAUAGUCCAGCACAACACUCCAGUUCCGGCUCAUCGCCGGUGAUGUCAAAUAGUAGUUCUAGUCCAGCGCCACCUUCCAGCAGUCCUAGUCCGCAGGAGAGCCCCAAGAAUUGUAGUUACAUUUACCGUGAUUGAUUGAUAUGUAAUACCAAAUCGAUGCCACUAAUCAAAUCAGCAGCAGCAGCUGCAGGAGCAGCAGUAGUGACCACAAUAGCCGUAAUACAGCAAGCAAAAACUACAACAACCGCCACAAUAGCAGCAAGUGUCAAGGGAGCAACAAGAGCAACCACAACAACAGCAGCAGCAGCAGCAACAGCAACGACCACAGCCACGCGCACCACGUCCGGCAAAGUGCGCACAACACUCGCCAAAUCCGUACCAGUUACACCAGUACAACCAAAAUCAUCAGCUACACACUUCAUAUCAUCAUCGCCCGAAUGGGAUGGCGUUGAUGAUGGCGCAACAACGCAGGAUGACCACUAUAACAACUGCAGCGAUUAUCUGCCACAUUCGUAUCCCAAUUUUACCUUCGAUCUCUCCGAGGACGACUCAAAUGAGAUUGACGAUGAAUUGGAGUUAGACGACUCAUCGCUAGCGAUGAUAACACCGCCACCACCCUACGUCGACACGCCACUACAAUAUGCACGCGCGCCACCACCGCCGCCGCACGCACAGCGUACAAGACGCGCUGCCACAGCGCCACCGCCGCCGACACGUAAGAAGCUCUUUCAAAAUCGCGAAAUAUUCAAUAUAAAUACGCCGACGAUUACGCCAAGCAGCAGUAGCUUUGCCAGCGCAAUAACGCCGACAAAAUUGAGCGCAGCAGCGGCGGCUAUGUUUGCGGCGCCACAAAUGGCACAGCUAAAUAAGAAAUGGACGCAGUUGCAUCGCAAGCGGCGACGACGGAAUAGCAGUUCGGGUGAUUCAAAAGAGUUGGAUAAAUUGGUGUUGCAAUCGGUCGAUUGGGAUGAAAAUGAUAUAUAUUGAGGGAUGUGGAGAGGUGUUACGGCGCCGGUAAACGGCUGAGCGGCAACGGCAAUGGCAAUGGCGUUGGCGAUGUUGACGGCGUGGCUGCUGCUUAAGCGCUUUGCUUGCAUGGCUAAGCGUGGCGAAACUCUUUCAUAUACAUACAUACACUUUGCGUUUCUUGGCUUAAUCGUAGAUUUACUUUUUCCAUUCGAAAUACAUAUACAUAUAUACAAGUACAUGCAUAUACAUAAUAGUAAUACAUACUUAUAUACUCGUAAUUUAAAUGCAUACAGCAGAAAGAAAGAAAGCAGCAAGUAUGUACGUACAUACAUACAUAGUUACAUAAAAUAUAGUAUAAGAACGCGCGAUUAGGUAACAAUAAUAGAACAGCAGAAAGCAACAACAAUACUGAAACAUUUAAUCACUUAUGUAGAAAGCGUACAUAUGGAGCUGCGUUAAAAGCAAUGUGGAACAAAUUUGAGACUUGCGAAAAGUAAGCAUUAAAUAAAAAGACAAAAGUA